AUGUCCAGCAGCACCAAUGCCCCUGGCCAGAGGAGAGUGUCUCGGGGCUUGGAUGAUGCCACCAACAAGAAGAAGCAGAAAGAUCGAGCCAACCAGGAAAGCAAGGAAGUGUCUCGCCCUGAGCUUGAGCAGGCUGAGACUGCCCAGGAGAAGGACUCAGAGGAGGAGCUGCUGCUGGACUGGAAGCAGAACGCUGACGAGAUCAUUGUCAAGCUGAACUUGGGCAGUGGAGCUCUGAAGGUGGAGGAUGUGGAUGCUGCUUUCACCGACACGGACUGCGUGGUCAAAUUACCAGACGGGCGCCAGUGGAGCUGUCAGUUCUACGAGGAGAUUGAGAGCUCCUGCAGCAAGGUCCAGUGCAAGAAGGGCAACUUUCUACAGCUUGUGCUUCAGAAGAAGAUCCCACUGUAUACCUGGUCUUCACUUCUGAAGAGAAGGAAAGACGGAUCCAAAGAGCUGCCCAAAGGGGCCGCGUGCUGGGAGAAUGGGAAGGAGAAGGCUGCUUCUGCAGAGCUGGCCCCUGAAGAGCCAAGGGCUGAAGGUGCAGAGCCACCGAGGUCCCGGCGGGAGCCCUCCAACCCCAAGCGUGCUCCGGGAAGAAGUGAGGCCCUGGGAGGGAAAAGCCCAGCCAGCCCAGGGACACAGAGCGGCCCCAGCGCCAAGCGGGCAGUAUACCUCAAAGUGGCUCCGACUGAAGAAGAGCCAAAUGCCAGAGUCACUGGGAGCGUGGAGCCCAGCAAAGGGCACAGCGGGAGGGCAGGCAGCCGCCGCAAUGGCAGAGCCAGCCAGAUCGAUACGCCCACGGCCCUCGCGGACCUCGCACCGCCGCUGGAGAAGGCUGUGGUUUUGGCCAAGGAGUCUGUUCCUGUGGAGAUGCCACCUCUUGCGGCUACCACAGAGGUGUUCCCCCACCAUGUUGCCACCUGCGUGGAGAAGAGAGUCCUGCAGCCGGGCAGCCCUGCUGAGGCCUUGCGGGGCCGGGACUGCACGCCUGUCGUAGGAGAGAGCUCUAAGGCCGUCCCAGCAGCCACCCCUCCCCUGGGCAGAGACGGUGAGAAGAGGGACUGGUCCAAGGAUGACGUGGCUUUGGAAGCAGCGGCUGAUGAGCCAGAGCCUUUUGUGAGCCUGACCUUUGUCAAGAAUGACUCAUAUGAGAAGGGCAAUGACCUGGUGGUGGUGCACGUCUAUGUGAAGGAGAUUCACAAGGAGACAUCCAAGGUGUUGUUCCGGGAGCAGGACUUCACACUGGUGUUCCAGACGAGCGACACAAACUUCCUUCGCCUCCAUCCUGGCUGCGGGCCCCACACAGUGUUCCGGUGGCAGGUGAAGCUCAGGAACCUUAUUGAGCCAGACCAGUGCACAUACAACUUCACGGUGUCUCGCAUCGACGUCUGCCUGAAGAAACGCCAGAGCCAGCGCUGGGGGGGGCUGGAGGCUCCGACCACACGAGGUGCAGUGGGUGGUGCAAAGGUUGCCAUGCCUACAGGCCCUACCCCUCUGGACAAGAAUCCCCCGGGCAGUAACCAGCACCCACUGUCCAGCAAGGAGGAGGCCCGAGCCAGUGACAAAGAGAAGCCGCGUGUGGAAGAUGGGGGUCUGGAUGGUGUGGCAGCCCGUACGGCCCCAGAGCAUGUGGCAGUGAAGCAAGAGCCACACAUCCCCUCACCCAAACCAACAUGCAUGGUGCCACCGAUGACACACAGCCCGGUGAGCACCGAGAGCGUGGAGGACGAUGAAGAUGAAGAUGAGAAGAAGAAGGUGUGCCUGCCUGGCUUCACUGGGCUGGUGAACCUGGGCAACACCUGCUUCAUGAACAGCGUCAUCCAGUCCCUGUCCAACACCCGGGAGCUGCGUGACUACUUCCAUGAUCGGUCCUUUGAGUCGGAAAUCAACUACAACAACCCGCUGGGGACGGGGGGACGCCUGGCCAUCGGCUUUGCCAUGCUGCUGCGAGCGCUGUGGAAAGGCACGCACCAUGCCUUCCAGCCCUCUAAACUGAAGGCAAUCGUGGCCAGCAAGGCCAGCCAGUUCACUGGCUAUGCCCAGCACGAUGCUCAGGAGUUCAUGGCCUUCCUGCUCGAUGGCCUUCACGAGGACCUCAACCGCAUCCAGAACAAGCCCUACACAGAGACUGUUGACUCGGAUGGGAGGCCCGAUGAGGUGGUAGCUGAGGAGGCUUGGCAGCGACACAAGAUGAGGAAUGACUCUUUCAUUGUGGACCUCUUCCAGGGCCAGUACAAAUCCAAGCUGGUGUGCCCAGUGUGUUCCAAGGUGUCCAUCACCUUCGACCCCUUCCUGUACCUCCCCGUGCCCCUCCCGCAGAAGCAGAAGGUGCUGACUGUCUACUACUUUGCAAAGGAGCCGCACAAGAAACCUAUCAAGUUUCUCGUGAGUAUCAGCAAGGAGAACUCCAGUGCCAUGGAGGUACUUGACUCGGUGGCCCACAGCGUGCGUGUGAAACCAGAGAACCUGCGCCUGGCAGAGGUGAUCAAAAAUCGCUUCCACCGCAUGUUCCUGCCGUCCAACUCGCUGGACACAGUCUCCCCCACGGACCUGCUGCUCUGCUUCGAGGUGCUGUCCCCAGAACUGGCCAAGGAGCGGGUGGUGGAGCUGCAGGUCCAGCAGCGUCCACAGGUGCCCAGCGGCCCUGUCGCCAAGUGUGCGGCCUGCCAGAAGAAGCAGCUGCCGGAGGAUGAGAAGCUCAGGCGCUGCACGAGGUGCUAUCGAGUCGGUUACUGCAACGUGGCGUGUCAGAAAACACACUGGCCAGACCACAAGGCUUUGUGCCGCCCAGAGAACAUCGGUUUCCCCUUCCUCAUCAGCGUGCCGGCGACCCGCCUCACCUACGCCCGCCUGGCCCAGCUGCUGGAGGGCUACGCAAGGUACUCAGUGAGCGUGUUCCAGCCUCCGUUCCAGCUGGGCCGGAUGUCGCCGGAGCAGGGGCUGCAGCCUCUGCGGCCAUCACUGGCCAAGAGCAGCUGUGCAGCAGCCACCUCUGCCCCUGAGCUGGGGGACGGGGACAGGGCUUCCAGCCUCCUGCAGGAGCCCCCGCUCUCACCAGCUGUGCCUGAGCUGCACCCAGAGCUGGGGGACAGCAGCACUGUCCGGAGCAAGGUCCUGGCAGCCAGGAGUUCCCUGCUGAGCUUGGAUUCGGGCUUCUCCGAGCACAUGGAGUCGCAAGGUGACAGCUGUUGUGAGAAAGAGCCGUCCUAUGAGAGAGCCCUCAAGCCAGAAGCUGCCAUCCCUGGGUACCAACACACUCCAGACUCGCUGAGUACCCGCGCCACGCAGUUCUACAUAAACAAGAUCGACUCUGCCAACCGAGAGCACAAGCUGGAAGAUAAAGGUGACACCCCCCUGGAGCUGACAGACGAUUGCUCCCUCGCCCUGGUGUGGAAGAACAAUGAGCGCCUCAAGGAGUUUGUGUUGGUGGAGUCCAAGGAGCUGGAGUGCGUGGAGGACCCGGGCUCGGCCAGCGAAGCAGCACGGGCUGGCCAUUUCACCCUGGAGCAAUGCCUCAAUCUUUUCACCAAGCCCGAAGUCCUGGCCCCAGAGGAAGCGUGGUACUGCCCCAAGUGCAAGCAGCACCGUGAGGCCUCCAAGCAGCUGAUGCUGUGGCGGCUGCCCAACGUCCUCAUCAUCCAGCUCAAGCGCUUCUCCUUCCGCAGCUUUAUUUGGAGAGACAAGAUCAAUGACAUGGUGGACUUCCCCGUCCGGAGUCUGGACCUCAGCAAGUUCUGCAUCGGCCGGAAGGGCGAGCAGCAGCUGCCGAUGUAUGACCUGUACGCUGUGAUCAACCACUACGGAGAUUCAUACGCCCGCCUGCCCAACGACAAGAACAGCCAGCGCAGCGACGUGGGCUGGCGGCUCUUCGACGACAGCACAGUCACCACCGUCGAUGAGAGCCAGGUGGUAACCAGAUAUGCGUAUGUCCUCUUCUACCGCCGGAGGAACUCUCCUGUGGAGAGACCCCUGCCAGGGCACCCCCCAGACCACCGAGCCGAGCGCACUCCCUCUGCCGAAGCUGCUGCCAGCCAGGUGAGAGCUCGCGUCCCUUUCGGCACUGUUGGAGUCACAGAGCCUUAA